AUGAUGGAUAUUCAACAAACAUAUGCCUCAUCAUCUGUAACUGAUAGUUAUAAUAAUGAAUCAAUUCUACCUCCAUCGCUUUUUUCUUUUGAAUCAACAAUUAAUUCAAGUUCGAAACUAACUAAUAAUUCUUCAUAUGAAAAAGAUAGUUUAUUAGAUGAACAACUUCGUUUUGAAAAACAAAUAGCACAUGAAAGUUCAAUAAAAACACAAAAUUCAUUUAUAACAACAUAUACAAGUUUACAAACAAUUCUUUCACAAACGCAAUUAAAAUUAGCUACAAUAUUUCUUCAAGAAACUGAAUAUUUAAAAUUUCGUGAACAACAACUUGAAUAUGAAGAACAGUCACUAACAAAACGUAUGAUAAAAAUUGAAAAUAUUCAAAAUGAACGAAAACAAAUAGAAAAUGAAUUCAAUAAAAUAAAAGAUCGUCUUGAAAUGGCAGUUAUUCAACUUACAAAAUUUCAAAAUGAUGGUGUAGAAAUCUUACAAAAACUAUUUAAUAAAUCUCAUCAAAUAGAUGAACAAUUAUCUGGACUUAUCUGUCAAUGUGUAGCAUCAUUAAAUCGUUCUCAAACAAUAAUUCAUUCGAAAAUCAAUGAAUUCUCACAAAAAUCAAAUCAUAUUCAAUCUGAAUUAACUAAUAGACAAGUUAUAAUGCGAAAUACCCAAUUAUCAAUAACAUUAAUACUUGAAUUAGUUACUACACUUAACCAAUUUAAUGUUCAACAUUCACAGGAUAUUACAAUGACAACGAUAAAUUUUGAAAAACAAUAUCAACAAUUUAUAAAUACAUCAGAAAUGACAAAGAAUAAUUUGGAUAUUAAUAAAGAAAUGAAUGAAAUACAUGUAUUAGAAAAAGAAAAAAUUCAAUUAGAAGAAGAAUUAUUAGAACAAACUAUAUUACUUGAAAAUAUUCAUACUAUCAUAGGAAAAGUAAUUAUUAGAUAG